AAAAAAGCACUUUGAUAGUUACGGGGCAGUGCGGGGGGCUUCUCGGUCUGUUAUUUUCGUUAAAUAUUUCAUUAGAAAUCUAAUUUUAAGUGAAAAUCGAAUAAAUUAAGAAUCAUGGAUGAGAAAGGAAGAAAAGUUAUCGUUUGCGACAACGGCACAGGUUUCGUGAAGUGCGGAUAUGCCGGGAGCAACUUCCCUGCCUUCAUAUUCCCGUCGAUGGUGGGUCGACCGAUCAUCAGGGCGGAGAACAAGAUCGGUGACAUCGACGUGAAGGAUUUGAUGGUAGGCGAUGAAGCAUCAAAACUUAGAUCUAUGUUGGAAGUCAGUUAUCCAAUGGAAAAUGGAGUCGUUCGAAACUGGGAGGACAUGUGUCACGUGUGGGACUACACGUUUGGUCCCAGCAAGAUGAACGUGGACCCCCGGGAGACCAAGAUCCUGCUGACCGAGCCCCCCAUGAACCCCACCAAGAACAGAGAGAAGAUGAUUGAGGUAAUGUUUGAAAAGUACGAGUUCGACAGCGCCUACAUUGCGAUCCAGGCGGUGCUCACGUUGUACGCUCAGGGACUCAUCUCAGGCGUUGUGGUCGACUCAGGUGACGGUGUGACCCACAUCUGUCCCGUAUACGAGGAGUUCGCGUUACCUCAUCUCACGCGGCGGUUAGACAUCGCCGGUCGAGAUAUCACCAGGUAUCUUAUUAAGUUGCUAUUACUCCGGGGCUACGCUUUCAACCAUUCUGCGGACUUCGAAACGGUCCGCAUGAUGAAGGAGAAGCUUUGCUACAUCGGAUACAACAUCGAGCAGGAGCAGCGCCUGGCGUGGGAGACCACCGUACUAGUGGAGCCCUACGUGUUGCCAGACGGGCGCGUGAUCAAGGUUGGUGGCGAGAGGUUCGAAGCUCCGGAAGCGCUGUUCCAGCCUCACCUCAUCAACGUAGAGGGGCAGGGGAUCGCCGAGCUCGUUUUCAAUACUAUACAGGCAGCAGACAUAGACAUGCGCAACGAGCUGUACAAGCACAUCGUGUUGUCGGGCGGCUCCACCAUGUACCCGGGGCUGCCCUCGCGCCUCGAGCGAGAGAUCAAGCAGCUCUACCUCGAGAGGGUGCUCAAGAACGACUGCGAUAAGCUGGCGAAAUUCAAGAUCCGCGUUGAGGACCCUCCCCGGCGCAAGGACAUGGUGUUCAUCGGCGGCGCCGUGCUGGCUGAGGUCUGCAAGAACAGGGACAACUUCUGGCUGUCACGGGCUGAGUACCAGGAACAGGGUAUCUCAUGCUUAAGGAAACUCGGUCCCCGCGCCAGUUAAUGACUGAAACUACUUAAUUAUCACUAAUGUGUACGGGAAUAUUGUAAAGUAACAGAAAAAUGAUCAUCUGUUACUACACGGUCGUAUUAUGAUGAGAAAAAAUAAAGUUGGAAUUUGUCCUUGUGAGAUAUUGGUAUUAAAUUGGAUGAUGAUGUGGCUGAAUACAGAUCACGAAAAAUUGUAGGGUUUAAGUAUAUAAAAAGGGUGGAUCGUUGAUGCGGUAGUCGUAUCAAUUAUGCUGAAGAAAAAUUAUAAUAACGGACUCAAGUUUCUUUCUGCGGUGUUCCAUAAUCUAUUUGUUUAGGUACUUCGAAAUAAGUACUCUAUAUACUUCAAAA